AUGCCAAAUAAAUCUCAAAAUGUGGAUCUUAAACAAUUUGCUUAUACUCCUAAAUCUUUGCUUCCAAGAUUGCCAAGGUAUGUACAACCUUCAGGGUCCCCGUUGCUAGAAGAAAGGAAUGAUCCUGCUCUCCAGGAAAGUGCCAAUGGUUCCAAAGAGGCUGGUUUCGUUGUAAGCAAGCAACCGGCAAGUUGGAAUGAAAAGAGCUGUUGGACAAUGCCUUCACGUGAAAAUUUCAAAGAAUCUUCAAUAAAUAAUAACUUGACUGAUGCAGAUAAAAGCAGCUCUUUGUUUUCAGAACCUUUCAAUGUAAACUUUGAGUUAGAUGAGAUUUGGGGCGAUUACGAUGACAAUAGCCUUGUGGACGCCAGCACAUUUUGUACUGAUAUGGAGAAAACUAAGACUUCAGAAUCUUCUCAUCUGGGAUCUAUAAAUACAUGCUUCCAGAACACCCGGAACCAAACUGCACAAAGCAAAUCUCCUGGUGCACUUUUAAAAAGUUUUUCCAUAUUUAAAGAGAAACCUGAUAUCUGCCUGCCAAAAUCCACCUCUCCGUCAUUAACUCCACCAUCAAGUGUGAAACCACUUGCUGAAUAUGGCAAUAAAAAUAUUUUUGGCUUUCGAGAAGAAUAUAAUCUCCCACAAAAACCGAAACCUGUACGGUUGAUUACAACCUCAGGUUCUUGCCAAGUUACUGGAAAGGAGGACUUUCUUAUCAGUAAGAAGAAAAUGACAGAAGAGGCUGACCGCAGGCAACAGCUUUCUGAUGAUGACGAAAUUAAGCUUUACCUUGGAAUAUUUGAUGGCAUUUUCUAACACCAGUAAACAAAAGUACAUUGCUGGUGAUGAAGCAUAAGCACUCAUUUUGAGGAUGAGAUCUUCAAAUACCCAGUCUGGAUUUUCUACUUUUGAUGUAUAGCAGUUCAUUAAUAGUCAGUUUUGCUACAUACAGUAAUGACCAGAAUACUAUACGGUUUGCUUGCAGUAUUUAAUGUACAAUGCAUCUUUAAUAGUUAUUUAAAUAACUUUGUUUACAUGAGGUUUCUGUUCAUAAUAUUGUAGAAGAUAAAGCCCUUUGCAAGACUUUUAUUAAAGGGGAUUGUUUUUGAGCCAAGCUAUUUGUUUUGUUUCAAAUUAUACCCAGUCUUAUUCUUGGAAAUAUGAUUAUCCGUAUAAUAUGCAUUUCCUAGGUAAAUACAUUUGUGAACAAUGCCUGUGUUAUCUCUGGAAAAAAUAUCUUCUUGGUAGGAUUUUUUUUAUUGGGCAGUUAUUCGCAUUAAACUGAUUUUAUAAUGACUAUACAUUAUGUGAAACAAUGCGUUUUUAAAAUAAAAUGGAAUAAAGUUA